AUGUGCUUCAUUGAAGUUGAAAAUGCCAUCACAUAUGCGGAUGGUCUUGUAAUCACCCUGCAGUCUUUUCUUGAAAAAGAAUUUAGCCCUUUAGAUGAAACAUGGCCGACAAAGAGUUUUGAAGAUCUGAGCGAGACUUUAUUAAGGUAUCUUCUGAGCAGUGACAAACUCGUCGUGAUCAGUGAGAACACGGUUUUUCAUGCAUUAAUGCACUGGAUUGAAAAACGUGGUAUUGAGAAACUCUCAGAAAGUCGUGAGCUUCCAUCACUAUUGUCUGUUGUCCGAUUUGAAAUGAUGACUGUUGAUUAUCUGUACGAUAUUGUUCAGCACAAUCCCAUCGCAAAGACGCUACCAGAUUUCCAUGAACUUUACCUAAGAGGAAUCAGUUAUCAUGCUCUAUCAGGAACAACACGACAACGGUCGUUGCCUCAACCAGUGACAAGAAGAGAAAAUCCAUGGUCCUCAAUAGUCUACACAUGGGAUAUACCGGGGGAUCAGUUGGAUUUGUUGGUGGGAAACGACAAAUCAUUCAAAUCAGAUGAAUUUUGGGUUUGUGGCUAUAAAAUGGUUUUGGUCAUUGAAGAUGUUUCCCAGGUUGAAAACUAUGCGAUGUUCCACGCUAAACUUUCUUUGGAAGUUCUCAAUUUGACCGAUCAAAGUGAAAUGACGAUUAAGUGGAAACCAACCAGUAAAACAAGUUAUAUAUCAACCUUUUGGGAAAUAUUCACGUUUAAGAAAGAAUCACGUGUGUCUUCGGUUUAUAUGAGAUAUAUAACGGCAACGACCCUCCCGCCUCUUAGCUCUCCAACGAAAAAUGUCUUCACCGGGACUGCGUCAAUUACAUCUAGGCCUCCACCACAGUCACGUGAUGGGAUAAAUCUUGGCAUUCCAACAACAAAUGUACCCACUGGUACUACGUCAACUACAAAGCCUUUGCAUGCGUUUUCUACAGAUGCUGCGUUAACAUUUCAGUCACGUAAUGGAGUGAAUCUUACCUUUCCAACAACAAAUGUAUUCAAUGGUGCUGCGUCAACUACAAAGCCUUUGCAUGUGUUUCCUGCAGAUACGUCUCAGUCACGUAGUGGAAUGAAUCCUACCUUUCCAACGACAAAUGUAUCUACGCGUGCUGCGUCAACUACAAAGCCUUUGCGUGCGUUUUCUACUGCUACGCGGUCGCUUCUAUCUCGGUCACGUAGUGAAUCUAAUCCUACCUUUCCAACUGCAAAUGUGUCCACUGGUGCUGCGUCAAUUACAAAGCCUGCGUUUGUGUUUUCUACAACUACGCCUCCAUCUCAGUCAUGUAGUGAAACGUAUCAUAACCUUCCAACAGCAAAUGUGCCCACUGGUGCCGCGUCAGCUACAAAAACUUCACUUUUGUUUUCUACAGCUACGCUUCCAUCUCAGUCACGUAGUGAAACGUAUCCUAACCUUCCAACAGCAAAUGUGCCUACUUGUGCUGCAUCAACUACAAAGCCUGCGUUUGUGUUUUCUACAGCUACGCUUCCAUCUCAGUCACGUAGUCAAUCUAAUCCUACCUUUCCAAUGACAAAUGUGUCCACUGGUGCUGCUUCAACUACAAAGUCUUCGUUUUUGUUUUCUACCUCUACGCCUUUAUCUCAGUCACGUAGUGAAACGAAUCCUAAUCCUAACCUUCCAACAGCAAAUGUGUCCACUUGUGCUGCGUCAACUACAAAGCCUUCAGCGUUUGGGUUGUCUACAGCUACACUUCCAUCUCAGUCACGUAAUGGAGUGAAUCCUUCCUUUCUAACGACAAAUGAAUCGACUGGUGCUGCGUCGACUACAAAGCCUUCGUUUGGGUUGUCUACAGCAACGCUUCCAUCUCAGUCACGUAGUGAAGUAAAUCCUGCCUUUCCAAUGAUAAAUGUGUCCACUGGUGCUGCGUCAAUUACAAAGCCUUCGUUUGUGUUGUCUACAGCUACGAUUUCAUCCCGGUCACGUAGUGGAAUAAAUCCUACCUUUCUAACGACAAAUGUAUCUACAGGUGCAACGACGUCUAAAACGCCAGUUUUUGCAUUCUCUGCGGAUACGUUUUCAUCCCAGUCACGUGGUGGAAUGAAUUAUGGCCUUCCAACGACAAAUGUAUCCACGAUCGCCAGUGCUUCGUCAAAUCAAAAUGCAAAUCCUUCAUCAAGUGUUAGCAAACCAGCUUCAGGUGAAAUAGGGAAAGUACUCACUGGCAUUAGCUUUUCCAUUUACGCAAAAGUAAAGUAAAUAAGAUAAACACGGAACUUUUGGUGCCAACGUGCAAUCAACUUGGUAUCCACUAUAAAAAUAAACGAUGUAUAACGUGUAAAUAGAUUACUACAUUAUAUUGACUUAGUCAACACAAUGUAACUAAUGUUGACCGUAGAGAAUG